AUGGCACAGGCGGAGUAUGUGGAAAUUUCAGCUGCCUCAGUAGGCUACUCCUAUUCACCUGAUGUUGGUAUCGGUAGUGGCUAUGCGUUUGCCACAGAGGGGACAGGGAGGAUUACGGCCAUCAGAGUCUGGGAGCGACCUGGCUCAUUUAUCACCAGUCUGCAACUGUGCUACGAUUAUAUUUGGUCUGCAAGGAUUGGAUCAGCAGAAGGAAAUUUACUAGAGCUUCAACUGUAUGAUGACGAGUCCAUCAUUCAGGUCUCUGGGAAACACCUCAACUUUAUUUUCCAGUUGAUUUUUGUGACUUCCAGAGGUCGCCUUUUUUAUGCAGGCUUUCCAUCAGGGAAAACCUUUAACUUCUACCCUACGGACAAGGAUGCAGCGCUUCGUCUCCUGAGCGGUCGCUACACGAGUACUGGGAUAACUGGUCUGGGAGCUCACUGGGGAGAGGUCAUCUCUUGUGCACCUUGGUUUAAAGCAAGACGACGACUACAAUAG